AACCUGCCUCAGGAGAUGGAAGAACAAGUUAUUGCUGGGUUCAUGACUGAUUUCCCCAAAGCAAGCCCAGCUCCCUACAACCCAGCUAAAUUCUCUCCUCCCCAGUUCUCAGACCAUUUCAAUAGCCUGGGGUGGGAGGGAGGACAAGGGGAAGUGGUUACAGAAAUUAAUCUCACUGAAACUUCUUGUCUAUCUAGUAAGAAAGCAGAGAAGCCCAUGCAACUGAGACUCCUACACCACAAAACACUAAUUCAGCAGUCAGCUGGAAGUGAAGGAAGGAGAAUUUUGCUGAGAGCUGCUGUGGAAAGAAGGCCCACCCUACCUCAGGCAAGACACCCUGAAGAUUAUGUUUCUGUGAGCGUUGAGGAUGAUGUUGAAGCUGUGAUAAUUGAAAAUUCUGAAAUGGAAGAUGCAGAAAAUGAACUGUCUACGCAAAACUGCUUGUCUGUGGACCAAAAUUCUCAAGUUAACAGUGAUGAUCGCUACAUGACUCAGCUUGCAUAUGGUGGUGAAGGCUUGUCGCUACUGAGUGAACCAGUGGUGUCACAAAUGAGCCAUUCUGCAGGUGUGGAGAGAGAUGGUCACAACCCAGAACAAGCAGACUUUGUUUACGUGCAUAAUAAAAGACGACGACUUGCCCCCUCUCCCUUGGGAAAUAGCACAAUAAGAGCCAGGGAAGCAGAAUAUGAAGAUGGCGGAAGUGUCAUUUAUGAAUAUGAACCAGAUUAUGAAUGUGGAAGUAUUGUGUCUGAAGCUUCCUACGCAAGAGAUCAGCAGAAAACCCUUAUGGAUGUCCUCAACUGUUGUCAGGCCAUGUAUGAUGCCAUUCAGAGAUUGGAUAAGAAAUUUGACCUGCUCCAUCGAAAGGUCUCAGAAAUGCAGCAUACGCGGGUGAAGUCAUUGCUGUUGAAACCUAGACCCAUUGGAUUUACACACAGAAGUUCCAGUUAUUUACCCCAUGGAAAAAUUAGAGUACAAAAACAAAUGGAGAGGGAGUCAAGUCUUCAGAUCUCUCCCCCAGAACAGGGGAAGCAUAGCCCUGCUAUAAGAGUUAGACUACAAAAGAACCAUCUCCACAGCCAUAUCCAGGCCAACUCUACAAUCAAACCUGUUCAACAGACUCUUCAACUUGAAUCACAGCAACCUGCUCUUCGACAGAGCCCACCCCUACCCACUAUCAUUUCCACUCGUUCAUUGCAUUCACCAUUCACAGUGGGUAACAGGAUCUCUGACCUUCCUACACAAACAAAUCUUGCAAGCACAGUUGUGGAAAGCACAGUCAACAUUGCAUCAUCAGCAGCAGGUUCACCGCUUGUGUCAUCAGUGAUGCCGACACCCCCUGAAACCAGUCUGGGAAGAAACGCCAUGAUGAUGAACUACAGGGCUUCUGCAGGAAGUGUGAAAGAGCUGCCAUCAUCAUCAGUCUCUAUCAAUCUUAGUUAUGAGUAUAUUGGUGACCCAUCGAGAAAUAUAAAAGUUCUUGGCAACUAUUUGAUGAAGGCUCGACAAAAAACCAAGCCAAAGUAUGCAGCACGCUACUUAGUUCGUGUCUUGUUCCCCAAAGAAACAUUACUGUGUAGCAUUAUGGGUGUAAGUGCACGGGGGCGCAGAACAUUGGAUCCUAACAAGGUUGCUGCAAUAAGAGAAUUUCUUGCAACUAAUUUCCCAACUUAUGAUCUGAGUGAAUAUGGAAAAGACUGGAAAACGUGCAUCACAAAUGUCAAUGCCAUGAUCCGCUGCCUACGCUCUGAAACCAAAAUAAAUCCAGAGGUAGCAGAAGGGAAAGAAAAAAUGGCUGACACUCCAGAUACAUCCAUUUGCGUGGAUUUAAAUUAUAGUGGGGAUGAUGGUGAAGUCAAUUCUCAAACCUCUCAGAAAAUGACCAGUACAACAACAAACAGACUUCAGAACUCUGUAUGGGAUAAAGCCCCAGAGGUGUUCCGUGCAUCUUCGGCCAGUAAACUACCGUCUUUGGAACCAAUGGAACUUCUUGGGAGUCCCUGGCGCAACGUUCAGCUGCCCUUCUCAGUUAUUUAUGUUGCCAAGGGAAAGUCUCGGCCAGAGUUGUCAGCUCGCUACUUGAUCCGCCAUCUUUUCACGGAGGACGUACUGGUGAAAAGUAAUGUGUAUGGCAAUCUGGAGCGUGGCAUGAGCCCUCUGGACUGCAAUAAGAUCAAUGCUCUCAGAGACUUUCUUCAGGAGAAUUAUCCAUCCUUUGAUCUAAAGGAAACUGGAUAUGAUUGGAAAGCAUGUGUGGCUGCCAUAAACAGUACAAUCCGCAGUCUCAGACAUGACCACAAGAAGGCUACAGCUGGAGUCCGGAGGAGAGUAUUGGCAGCACCACCACCAAGUGAAAAGAGUCCUCCCCAAAGUCCCACUUCAGUGAAGCCAUAUGAAAGUGACACUAUCAAUCUUACAGACUAAAAAGCUAACAAUCAUUUUGCAUAUUUUUGGAGCCCUGCAGUAGGUUGUACUGUACAAAGCUGAUCUUGUUGGGUAGUCAGCAGCACUAUAUAAUAUAUGUCAUGAGACCAAAGUUGGCAGGGGACUUAGGGACCCUGCCUCCUAGAGCCACUGGCACUCAUGCCUGUUAUUGAAAAUACUUUGUCCAUUCUUACUAGGGUUUAGCUGGCACUCAUCUGGUCAGCAUCUGUUUCCUAUAAAGUAUCAACCCCACAUUAGAUUACUUCAACUACAAGAAGCACACUGCAUAGCAGGUCAGGAGCAACAAAGAGGAAGGGGAAAAUGAUGUUUCUUUCUCAGAAAAGGAAUACAGAUGUCCAAAGUCCAUUUGGACCAUCCUGGAUUGAGUUUAUGAUGGCUGGGGAGGUAAAUUUGUUCUGCAACUGGAUAAUAUAACAAGGGAAAAAUCCAAUAGAGAAAGGAGAGAGUGAUUUGUACUGCAUCAAGCUGAUAUGUCAUGCAUCUCCCGUAUUCUUCCCCCCACCCCUUCCCCUACCAGUCCUGCAGCAGAGACUUUGCUGUAGGAAAAGGAAAGGGAAACGCAACAAUUCCUGGUAAGUAAUACUUUCCUCUUUCCUGUGGCUUGGCUCUGGCCUGCAGUGAUUUUUAAAAAACAAUAUUUGGUUCUGUUUCCAUUUUGAAAUGUAAAUAAAAAAAAAUUAAGGGUACAUGCAGAUAUUCACUACACCUGGUCUGCAAUCACAGGGUUUACUUUAAAUGGUGUCAUCAUAGAUCAGAAGCGGUGCAUGCAGAUGUUUACCAGUGCUGCAAGCUGUUCUGGGAAACUGGUGUAAGUAACUUAGGACAGGGGAAGGGCAGGCAAGUUUGGGGAGGCUAGCAGGGCCACAGGGGCAUUGGCAGGUCUGGGAGUGGGUUGGCAAGAUCUGGGGGAAGGGGCUGACAGGUCUGCGGGGGGUGCUGUCAGUCUGUGCCUGGUGGAGUUGGGGGACUAAAAAUAGCCUGGCCAGGGUGGCAGGGUAGGAAGAGCUCAACUCCAGGGCUGGGGCAAGCAGCUGGGCUUUCAUUCACUAGUUUGGGCUAAUCUGUUCCCAAUCCGAGUUCACUUCCUUAGGUGAACUAAUUUAGAUGGAGACUAGCAUUUUUUUGCCUGAUUUAACCUCCCCAAACAUCUGCACAGACCUUAAUUAGGUUGAUCUAAACAUAACAUCUGCACCUACUCUAAAAGCAAAAACUAUCAAGACUUAACAUACCAACCUGACCCACUGUUCAGUGAUACAUAUCCCACUUCGAAUCUUAAUCCACAGUGGAUAUAGAUCUGCUACAUCUCUAGGUUGCAGCUAGAGAACCCAGAUCCUAAUCCAAACUCAGGUAGUCAUUUCCAUGGAUUUUGGUGUGUGCAGAAUCAAGCCAUUGGCCCAUCUAGCUGGAGGACCAGCAAUACAUCCACAUAAUGACUAAGACAACAGUUCUUACACCAGCCAAGAUUCUUUUAAUCAUCACUUUUUAGUGUCCUGGGCUCCUGUGAACUAUUAAGCAUAUAUAAACUCUGGCUUGUGGGUUUAUGUUUUUAUUUUUUGAUCAAAGUACUUACCAUCCUGUUCUUACAAAUUCAGACUCUGAAGGUGAAAAUGCAAAGCUCAGAAUCAUGUUUAAGAAAUCAUCUCCAAAAUAAUCAGCCAGGAUUACUGAAAUGCAGUACCUCAGAAAUAGGUACUAUAUCCCUGUUUUCCUCUCUUCCUACACAAAAGAUUUCAUGUUCAGUUUGUCAACAAAGCAUCUUCAUUUCAACGGUGAUUUGCUUCAGUUAUGGCCAGGUGUUUUAAGAAAUGUAGCCUACUUUUUUUUGUUAGUUUGUUAAUGAAUUUACUCAAUUCUAUUUUAACUGGUUCAUAGAUAAAAUUAAUAGGUGAUCUCAAAACUGACAAGUGCUGGAAUUUAAAAGAGCAUGACUUGUGAGCCAACCAAAGAAAAAGAACUACUAAGACAUUGUAUGUCAGAGUUCAGAGGAAGUGUAAAUGGUGGUAUAAGUUGCAUAUUGAUAAACCAAAAUAUCUUGCACAUGGGGAUAGAAGUGUUUCUUAUCUUGCACCAUCACUUACUUUCCUUUGAGUUAUGUUCUGUGCAACAACUUCAUAUCCCACUUCCAUUUCUGUACAAUGACUUACUGAUGUAUGAACUCACACCAUCAUUUGUGUCAGAUCCAGUGUUACCUUAAACUUUUAAACUGUUCACAGAAACAGUUUUGGAAGGAUCACAAAUAAAGAGGAGGCAUUACAAUACCUCAUAUAUGGGUAUAUAACUGUGAACUCCCUCAUUGGACUUGUGCUUACUUGUAUCAGGACAGAAUAUGACCAAGAUCUAUCUUCUCUAAGGGGUUUAGGAUUUUUCAUAAUAAACAUGAAAACAUUAUUUAAUUUACUUUUACAAUGGCAAGUAAUGCAGAGGUUUUGUUAUCUUAUAAAAUAAUUGUUGUCUCCCAAAGUUCUGAUAUCGUGUUCCUAAAUAUUUUACUCAUAACAAUAAGCGAUGUGACUUUAAAUAUGAUGUAGAGUAUCUGAUUACUGCACAAAAAUUUCACUGGAGGUAAGCAUAUACAAUGUCCUUGUGAAAGUGGUGAAUGAAGAUAUAGGCCAUUCUAGUAAAUUUUAAGAGCUUAUUUAUGUCAUACAUUUUCCUGGAAUAGUCUUUGAAUUCAGAUGUCAUUACUAGCUGGGAAGGAGACAAGAAAAACACCCAAUGCUCAUUUCAGAAGGUUGUCUUGUGGCCCAGUUCCUUACCAAAACCGUGUAUUUGUAUACUUAUUGUUGUUAGGCAGCUUUAAAACAAUAUGAUACAUAAUGCCUAGCCAUUUGUGCAAGACAUUAAGGAAUGUAUGUCCAUCAUUUUGAACAAAACUUAAUUCACAUAAUUCAGAGGAGUUGUGUGCUUUUAAAAUGGUUGUUUUUUUUAAAUUUUAAGUAAUGUAGCCGUUUGCUUUAUCUGCUGCUGUUUGCACCUUUUUUUUUAAAUCAUGUUGUUGUUGUGGCCCAUCCAUUUUCUCUGACGUACAGCAGGCCAAAUUCUGAUAAAUUAUUUUGUUGUAAACCUGAAGCAGUUGUUUUAGAAGUCCUGGAGCUAUCUCAUAUUUACAUCAGCAUAACACAGAAUCAGAAGCAGAUACUGCUGUUUGAUUCAUACCAAGAACCCAGUCUAGAAAUGGUUCCACUUCCUGCAGAGCCCUAAUUACUUCCCAGGGUUGCAUAUAGGCACAUGGAACAGCUUGCCAGAUUGGGCUUUCCAUGACUACUGAGGCUUAACUAAAUAAUUUAAUUUUCAGUAGAGAUUUAUACCAUUACUAUUUAGGCUUCAAAUGUAACAUUUGCUGUUGUUCUGCGUUAUGACCGACACACUCUAUGAUUAUUGUUCUGUAAGACUCUUUUUGUACAAUGCCAAUGUCUUACGAUCUAGUAUGUAGAUAUUUCCGGUUACAAAACUCAGAAAAUGCCAAAAAUACUUAUAUUUUUUCAGUAGCUACACAGAAUGUUUUCCCACUGUCAUCCACAGAUGUUAGUGUGAGAGUGAUAUAUUUAUGGAAUGAUCUAUUUAGCACUGAAUUUUGUUAAUGUGGUGCAUACCUCUAUCUUCCACUUUGAAAAGAAACCUAACGGGGGGGGGGGGGGGAAUGGACCUCGUAAAUAAUGUUUCUCCAUUUUUGUUGGAAUUGUAUCAAUUUUUGCUAACUUUUGUAAAAAGUAUUUUGCCCUUAGAGAAGAAUAUUUUACAAAUAAAAUCAGAAUAUAUUUGCUCCUUGAAGAGAAUGCAUUCAUAA